AUGCCUCCUGCGAAACGACCUAAGCUGGCCGCCCUGGCCACGCCUACCUCCGGCAACUUCCCCUCGGAUGCGCUUCUGUCUGCGUCGUCAGUACGGACUCCGCACUCGGCAUCUAUCAAGGGCUUGCAGUCUGCAGGGCUCUACUCUGCAGGCCUUCCUUCGGCAGGCCUACCUUCAGCACCUUUCGAGUAUCCGCCAACGCCGAGCAUGUUGUCAGGGAAGCAGGAGGACAAGCCAGAGGCAACUCCCAUCACCCCACCGCUGGCCUACAUGGACUUCCUCAAGACGAUCAGCGCCGCGUCUCCCUCUGUGGCAAGCCCGCCACUAACAGCGCCCCUGAUGGGAAAGACGCCACUUAACCGGACUUCGACGGGCGGGAGCACGGCCAGCACCGUCACGUGCAAGUCAGAAGAUUCAGCAACGGAGAGCGCUGGGGAGGUUGACCUGGACAGCGCUCCCACGACAGCAAGCAGCGACUCCACAGACUGCAGCUGCUCAUGCGAGCUUGUGCACAAGUCGUCAAAGCCAGCGCCAAUCUCGGUUGCUCAGCCCGCUUCGCCGAUGGUGACGAUGCCCCUCUCGGCGCCUGCAAGUGGGCCGGCCACCUUUCCAAGCCUCCGCAUACCGCCAAGCCCGGCCGUCGACAGCCCUGUGCGAUCGCCAUACAGCGCACGGAGCAUUAAGAGCCCGUUCGACUGGGACGCGGCCCUCAAAGCGAAGAGGUACGCAGAUGUGAAGCCCCCGACCUCUGCUGUGGGCACUGGAGGAGUACACUCGGGCCGGUGCGAGAAGGGCAAGAGCGUGAGGCACAUCAGGGAGGUGGUCACAAGAACCGUCACAUACACGCCGAGGAUGGAUCCGGCGCCCAAGGGGAAAAGACGGAAAGUCGAAUGA